AUGGCAGUCAAGGAUCGAGACCAGACGUCGGUGGCGGACGGACGGGACGAGGACCUCGAAGAUGGGGGAGCCGCCGCCGACAAGACGGACGACGACACAGCCGCCGCCGCCGCUCCCCCUCGGCCCCCGCCCCCGCCCAACGGCGGCUACGGCUGGGUGUGCACGGCGUGCGUGGCCGUCAUCAACGCGCACACGUGGGGGCUCAACUCUUCGUACGGCGUCUUCCUGGCUCACUACCUGGCGACGGACACGUAUCCGGGCACGACGCCGCUGGAGUACGCGUUCGUGGGGUCCCUGAGCCUGGCGUGCGCGCUCCUGGUGUCGCCGCUGGCGACGCUGGGCGUGCGCGAGCUCGGCACGAAGCCGACCAUGAUGCUGGGCGUGGUGCUGGAGGCGGCGAGCCUGGUGCUGGCCAGCCUAUCGCGGCGCAUCUGGCACCUGUUCCUGACGCAGGGCAUCCUGUUCGGCGUGGGCAUGGGCUUCCUCUUCGUGCCGUCGGUGCCCGUGGUGCCGCAGUGGUUCACCACGCGGCGGUCGCUGGCCAGCGGCGUGGCGACGUCCGGGUCCGGCCUGGGCGGCCUGGUCUACUCGCUCGCGGCGGGGGCCAUGAUCGAGCGGCUCGGCCCGGCCUGGGCCCUCCGCAUCCUGGGCAUGCUGGCCCUGGCGGUCAACGCGGUGUGCGUCCUGCUCGUGCGCGACCGCAACAGGGUCAUCAAGGCCUCCCAGCUGGCCUUCGACCUCGCCCUCCUCCGCAGGCCCGAGUACGUCCUCCUGUUGGCGUACGGGUGGUUCAGCAUGCUCGCCUACGUCACCCUCAUCUUCAGCCUGGCCAACUACGCCAACGAGAUCGGCCUGGGCGCCGCGCAGGCCGCCACCGUCAGCGCCGUCUUCAACCUCGGCCAGGCCCUCGGCCGCCCGCUCAUCGGCUACUUCAGCGACCGCACCGGCCGCAUCGGCAUGGCCGCCCUCACGACCCUCCUCGCCGCCGUCUCCGCCCUCGCCGUCUGGAUCCCCGCCACCGCCUACGGCACCCUCGUCGCCUUCGCCCUCCUGGGCGGCGCCGUCGCCGGCACCUUCUGGGUCACCGUAGCCCCCGUCACCGCAGAGGUCGUCGGCCUGCGACACGUCGCCUCCGGCCUCAACGUCAUGUGGCUCACCAUCGUCCUGCCCUGCGUCUUUAGCGAGCCCAUCGCGCUGCAGAUCGUCGCCGGGACGGGCCGCUACCUCGGCACCCAGCUGUACGUCGCCAUCUGCUUCGUCGCCGCCGCCGCCUGCACCGCCGUCCUGCGUGGGUGGAAGAUUGGCGAGGCCGACGAGCUCUGCCGCCUCACCGGCCAGGAGCCCGACCAGAUCGAUCAGGAGAAGACGGCGUACGACGAUGAGCUGGGUGCCAGGGCUCAGGCUGCUGGGAGGAAGAGGAUGCUCCUGGACUGUCUGCGCCUCGACAAGGUGUGA